UUUCUUUUCCUACUGUUUAUCUAAACAAAACGUAAAUUUUGGGUUUUUCUUUUUUUUUUUUAAUUAUCCAGAUUGCAAAUCAGUCCUUCAGAUAAAGAAAAUCGACAAAGAAAAUCUACUGGUGUUUCCAUAAGCCUAACCAGCUGACAAAAUUUUGCAACCAAAGAAAAUGCCAGGCUCUUCAAUGGAGGUUCCAGUUUUCAUGGGUUUUGGUACAAUUUCUCGCAUUUCCCUUUUAACCCAUUUCUCUUCAAAGCCUGUUUUUCUCAAUUCCUUCUUGGGACCCAAAAGAUUUUGUUGUAAAAGAUUGAGUUAUAACUCGAGGUCUCUUGUUAAAAUUUCGAUGAGUAUGGAGAAACAAUCUAGCUCAUUAAAUGGGUAUGGAAACAACAUGAAGGAGAACAGUGGGGUAGUCGAAGUGAUUGCCAUUGGUAGUAGGAAAGAUGCUGUGCUUGAAUUUUGCUUCGACUCUCCUUUCCAGUCGUCUUCUUUGAGAUUUUGGAAUAUUCUCGUGAAAGACACAUCAAAUGUGCAGUUACAACAAAGGUUCCUCGGAAAAGAUCUUACACCAAGGAUGGUGGAAGCUGCUGUUUUCAUUCAGUCAUGUUCAAAGACUAUUAUCCUUGUGGCUGGUGCUGGAUAUGGCUUGGAUCACAUUGCAGCAAUGGACAUACUGAAAGCAAUAAGAUCUGCCAAUGGAUUUGCUGUUGCUAUUAUUUUAAAGCCUUUCAGUUUUGAGGGGCAGAGACGACUUGAUGAGGUGAAAGAUUUGGUUGGAAAACUUCAAGAGGUUACAAAUUUUUGUAUUGAUAUUGACACUGACUCCUUGCUCAAAAACGACUUGGUAACUCUAGAUGAGGCCUUGAAAACUGCAAAUAAUGCCGUUUUACUUGCCAUAUACGCAAUAUCAGUGAUCAUAAGUGAGAUGCAAAGAAAACUUAUUGAUGCAGUUCAUGAUAAUAUGAAAGAACUUGGAGUUUCAGAAGUUAUAAAUAUUCUUGGAAAGUACAAAGAAGCAAAACUUGGAUUUGGAGCUGGUUACAAUAUCAGAACUUCAAUUUCGCAAGCUAUGUAUAACUGCCCUUUUAUUGGUGCAGGGCUAAAGGACCUCAAUGGUUUGGUUAUAUGUGUUGUUGCAAGUUCAAAUGUUAUCAACAACAAUGAUGUGCAAGCCUUUUUGCAUACAUUCCGUCAAACUACUGAGUACACAAAGGAUAUCAUAAUAUCUGUAAUUCAUGAACCUAAUCUGGAGCCCAACCUGCUAGUCACAACGGUUGUUAUCUUGGGUCAUCUUGAAGAACAGACUUCGCAAAAAAGCGGCAUCUUUACUAGACUGGCGCGGCAUUUCCCAUUUGUUUUUAAUCUUUUGAGGAGACAUCUUUUGCAGUCAAAUGAAACUUACGAAAAUGAUGUCAAGGGGAUGAAUGGGACAGGCUCCAAUGAAAUGGAAAACAAAGUAGCUUUAGAAGGUGUAUCUGGAGGUUUCAACCAGUACUGUGAAGAAAUUCAGAAUGUACCAAACAGCAAAUCCAAUGAUAUCUACUCUUUGAGAAAUUAUGACAGCGAAUCUGAUCAAAAGGAGGUUGCUUUAUUAGAUGGAAAAACUGACUCUUCCAGCUAUUAUGAUGAAAUUAUUGAAGGUAUUCCAACUUUCCAUCGGGAGCCACUGAGUGGCUGGAACUUGGGUCCUGGACAUCAGCUUGCACAGGAGUGGGCCAAAGAAAGAGCAGCUGACUCAGAAGCUACACCAGUGCUUGAUAAUCUCAGUAUCUUCCGCCUUCCUGUCGGAGUAAGGUCUUCAGAAGAGUUGAAAGAGCGUGUCAAUACCUUGUAUGCUAUUGAAUUUGCAGAAUCAAAAUCUGAAAAUGGUGUCAAAGCCCCAGCACUUCCUAGCUCAAGUAGAUCUUGGGGUGCAUUGAAUGAUGCAAGUCUUGAAGUGAUGAGGGAAUUUUAUAACAUCACAUCUACACUAUUAAAGACAAAGACUGGUGUUCUUAAGAAGCAGGGACUACUUUCUGCUCGUGCAGCUUCUAUGCUGGAAGCUGAACGAGACUCACCAAAGAAGUGGAGUCCUAUUGUGGAAAUGCAGUACAGAGGAGGAGUCUACAAGGGAAGAUGCCAAGGAGGUCUCCCUGAAGGAAAGGGUCGUCUUAUUCUUGGUGAUGGAAGCAUUUAUGAUGGUAUGUGGCGCUAUGGUAAGAGAUCAGGCGUGGGUACAUUCUACUUUAGUAACGGGGAUGUUUUCCAGGGAUCUUGGAGAGAUGAUCUGAUGCAUGGCAAGGGCUGGUUUUAUUUUCACACUGGAGAUCGGUGGUUUGCAAACUUUUGGAAGGGUAAGGCCAAUGGUGAAGGCCGCUUCUAUUCAAAAUCCGGAAAUGUCUUCUUUGGCCAUUUUGAAGAUGGGUGGCGACAUGGCCAGUUCCUUUGUAUUACUGUUGAUGGAGCAAGGUGCAUUGAGAUCUGGAAUGAGGGCAUUCUCAAGAGCCGGCAGCAACUGGAUGCCGAUGCUGUUUAAUAAAAUCUCUGAGUUAUGUUCCGUUGGCUAUAUCACUUGUUUUUAUUUUUGAUAUAGCCACUAUCCUUUCAUUCCUGUUCAGAAGGUAUUUUGUAUAGCCUAUGCAGCCCUCAUGUACAUUAUUUCUUCAUAGCACACAUCUAAACUGUGGAACCGUAGUAUUUUAUUUGUAUAAAGUUUUCUUGCAUUUGAAGUUGUUCAUAUGUAAGAUUUUAUUUCCGCUAAUGGAAGACAGCUGACAAGUAUAUGUUUAAACAAUUUUUUGGAGUAUUUUUGAACUGGUCUUAGAGGCCAGAGAGCCACCAGAAAGCCAAAGCCUUGACGUCAACACUACGAGCUAUGGAUUUGUUAGAUAUCAAGGAUGGCAAAAGUUUUAUUGGGAUGCAUUGAAAUGAAGAAUCCAUCCAGCAAUUAGAAUUCUGAAGAAGAAUGGGAUACGGUGAAACGG